CACGCCCCAAGCCGAGUCGCUGCUGCCUUCGAUGCCCUCCCAGUCCGAGCUUUUCGCCUCCGAGUGGCAUUACAGCAACGGACCCGACUCGUUCGGUCCCGCCACCCUCUCCACGAUGCGUGACCUCUUUGCCACCGGACAAAUUGACGCCGAGGCCUUUGUGUGGAACUCCACCAUGAAGGAAGGCGCGGACUGGCUGCACCUCGGCGACCCAGCGAAUAAAUCGCUGCUCGCGCUGCUAAAGGGCGAGGCGAACGAGGCUCGCGAACGCGACACGCCGAUCCACGGCGGCGACAGCGAUGUCUGCGCCGGAUGUGGUCAGAGGGUGGGUGGAGGCGACGGGCGCGAGGCGUUUGGCGCGCUCGGCAAGCUGUGGCACGUCGGGUGCUUCAAGUGCGCUGGGUGCGAGCGAGCCAUCUCGGCUGACUCGUUCAUCCCGCACGAAGGCAAGGCGUACCACCCGCAGUGCCACCUCGAGGCCUUUGGGACCCGCUGCGCCGGCUGCCAGCGCCCGAUUGACGGGCCGUGCCUGGUGGUCGAGGGGAAGAAGUACCACGCCGCGUGCUUCACCUGUGCCGAGUGCGGCUGCUCGCUAAAGGGCGGAUACGCCAUCGCGCCCAUCAGCGGCAAGCCUUUUUGCGCCGCUCACAUCAAGGAGGCGAAGAAGCGCGAAGCCGGGCGCGCGGCGCCGGCCUUUGAACUGGCGGUGGAGGACGCGGUCGCCAAGGAGAUGGCUGCCGCUCGGAUCGGCGGCGCUAGCGGCGGCGGCGACGCGCCCACCAAGUACGGAGGGCUCGACCGCGGCGACCGCGACCGGCCGACGAUUGACUAUAAAACGGGGGAAGAGCUGUGGAUCGAGACGGGGACGAACCGCAAGUACCGGCUCGCAGCCGACGGCGGCAAGGAGUACAUCGGCGUGGCGGAGAAGCCUCGGCUCGGCGGGGCCAGGACGUGGAACCAGGCAGCGCCUGGGGCGUGAUCGCCAUUUCUGCGGGCGGCCAGUGGCGGGGCUGGGGUUGCGCGCGCCUCCCCGUCCUCAAGAGUAUGUGUAUAGAUAGUGGUGGACGGCGGCGCGGGUGCGCUGGGCUCUGGGCGCGGUGCGUGCGUGCUGCGUACGUGCGUAGAGCGGACGACGACCAGUGGUACUGACAGAGUGUGUGGAGAGAAUCAGUGAGACAACGCAUGUGCAUUAUAUUUUCUUCCCACGUGCCUAUUCGG